GACUACGCAAAUCACGUUCCAGAAAGCCUGUCAGACCCUGAUCCAGCUUUUGUUUUGACGCGCGACGUUUUACAAAAAAUUCUCGCUAUUCACAUGCGCUUCUCAGCCGGGCUCCCCGUCUUCAUAUCCGGUGAAACCGGAAUUGGGAAGACUGCAUUGCUAGAGUACUACGCCAAAGUCAGACAGCAACUCCAGUUGCAUGCGCCAAACCAGGAGCGUCGCACGCACAUGGAUGGCCAGGGUAGUCCACUCAAAUUAAUGCGGACUGUGAAAGUGCAUGGUGGCGUCGGUCGUGCAGCACUGAAUAGCUACGUGAAGGAAGCACUGCAACUUGCAAGAUUUAAUGCAAGAAAGGGGGUGCGGGAGACACUACUGUUCUUUGACGAAGCAAACACGUCGUUGGAAGUCGUGUGGGGGGUGAAAGAAUUGAUGACCAAUGGUCGACUUCAUGGUCGUGACCUGCGCAGCGAGUUG